GUCCCACGCAUGGGGAGCGGUGACGUGAAGCGUGGCUACAGUCAGUACGCCCGUGCAGUGAGGUUCAGCACAUGGGGAAAGUUAGAGGAAAAGUUUAGAAGCGAUGAUAUUUUAACACAAAACAAAUUUUCUGGCAAGUUAGUGCUUCUGUCUGCCGGGUGUCGGGAAACUCUACAAAUAGGCUACACCUGUGACACAGCGCUAUUUUUUUUAACUUAAUAUUGAAUCAAGAUUUAAAAAACAAACAUCUCGCUUGUCGUCUGUUUCGCUCUCCUUAAUGUCGAUGUUCUUUCACGACGUCUGUGCCUCCGCGCUGCCUCUCAUUCAUCUGGCAGAGGAGAGGAGCCCGCGUCCGAGGAUACAAUGAAGCAGUGUGUCCUUGUCCGAGACAAUGCCGUAAGAUGCUACCAAGGGACGAUACUGUUUUCUAACAAGAUCGGGGACGUUUUGCUCGACUGCAGAGAGAGACCAGCUAAAGAAUGAAGCUUUAGCCUCUGCAUGACAAGCUAUGACCAACACACAGACUAGACUCUAGAAACAACAAAGCCAGCACUCAAGAAUGAAGACCAAAUAUGCAAUUGUCUUCAUCUGUAUCGUGGCCCUGGUCAUCAUCGAAAAGGAAAGCAACAUCCUAUCAAGGGUCUCUGAUAAGCUGAUCCAGAGGCAGACUCCACAGCAGACUCCACAGACUCCACUGGAUUAUAGCAGCACAACACAAAAUGGCUCCCUGAUGGUGCUCUCUCAACUCACUGGUACAAAAAGGAAUUACUCCAGUCUCUCUGAGGAGCAAGAGGAGGAAAAACUAGAUGAAUUAGGCACGUACAGCUACAGUGGCGGCCGUAAGCACAUAUUACUCUUGGCCACCACACGAACAGGUUCCUCAUUUGUGGGGGAAUUUUUCAACCAGCACGGCGAGAACAUGUUCUACCUGUUUGAGCCUUUGUGGCAUGUGGAGCGCAUGUUGACCAUGGCUGCAGAGGCAAACAACGGGACAGUGUUGGCAGGAAUCUACCGGGAUGUACUCCAGGGGCUCUUCCUGUGUGAUUUCUCUCCUCUUGAGAAGUUCAUCUCUCCCCCACCUCAGGACCACGUCACCCCGGCUCUUUUCCGCAGAGAGUCUAGUUUAUCGCUCUGUGAAGAAUCUGUCUGCUCUCCUGUAAUCAAAGAUGUUUUUGAGAGGUAUCACUGUAAGACUCGUCGCUGUGGGCCGCUGAACUUGACCCUUGCAUCUGAAUCCUGCCUUUCCAAGCAGCACCAUGCCAUUAAGACUGUCCGUGUGCGCCAGCUGGACACAUUGCAGCCUUUGGUAGAGGACCCUCACCUGGAUGUGCGAGUGAUCCACCUAGUCCGAGAUCCACGGGCCAUCUUAGCAUCCCGCAUGGUGGCUUUCUCUUCAAAGUACCACACGUGGAAGGCCUGGGCGCAGGACGGCCAGGUGCCUGAAGAUGACGAGGAGGUGAAGAGGCUCAAAGGAAACUGUGACCAAAUUAGGAUGUCUGCAGAGGUGGGGCUGAGCCAACCCCGCUGGCUGAGGAGCCGCUACAUGUUGGUGCGUUAUGAGGAUAUUGCACGCUACCCCAUGCAGAAGGCGGAGGAGAUGUACAGGUUCACAGGGAUACCGUUUAGCCCCCAAGCUAGGGAGUGGAUUCUGAGGAACACCCAGACCACACAGGAAGCUAGCGGGAUUUACUCCACCCAGAAGAACUCAUCAGAACAGGCAGACAAAUGGAGAUUUAGCAUUCCCUUUACACUGGCUCAGGUAGUGCAGAGAGUGUGUGGACCCACCAUGAAGCUGUUUGGGUACAGAUUUGUGGAUGAUGAAAAGACACUGAUCAAUAAGUCCAUCAGUUUGCUUGAGGAGAAACUAUUUCAUUAAUCAAAAAUGUAGAUGUGAAUCUGCAAAACACCGCACACGAUGGAGCGGACCCAGAAGAAACCAUUAUUGCACAGACCGAAACUAGUAAGCAAAGGUGCCAUGAAAGACACAAUGUUUUACUGGUGACAGGAAGAUUUGGGCCAUACAAUAAUAUUCAUACUCACCAGUGAUGUGCCUCAUUGUAACAAUGAAGAGCCACUUGAUAAAAAGAAGUAUUUAUUUGCAUACUGUGUCCACUGAGAAGCCUGGUACUUAAGCUUUACGUCACGCUCUGUAUUUCAUUUAAAAUGGAAUAUGCAUAGAUGUCAAGCCUAACUUGUAAGAGAUUAUUAUGAAAGAUUUUAUCAAUAGUUGAUCGUGUUUAGAUUUUCAGGGAUAAAUUACAGUGAAAGUCGUGUGUGUUUUGUUUGUGUGUGUGUUUGAAAGAGAGGAUGUUUCUGUUCAUAGGGUUUAUAAGGCCAGUGCUUAAUUCUGCCUAGUUCAACCUGGUUUGUAGUUUGAUAGAUCUGCACUAGACUUAGACAACUUAUAGAAUCACUUUAGAUUAAACCUGAUGUGAUUUCAUAGGGCUUUACAUAUCUGACUCAGGUGAAGUGAAUCUGGGAUUGCAUUUCGUGGCUUAUUCAUAUCUUCCCAAAAGCACACAGUGUGAAAAUACAGAAUGAUCUUUGAUGUAUUUAGCCAAAAGCCAUUUUUAAAGCAAUUCUCUUGUAAUGUAAUUUAGGCGUCACUACAAUAUACCUUAAAAAAGAGGCCAAUUAAGAUGGAUAUAUAAUCUUCAUUUGGUUAUAUAAAAUGAGCGGUGUCACGCUAUAGAAGAAUUAUAUCUUGCUUCAGAUACCUACAUGUGUCUUCAACAUACAAGUGUUGUAGUAAUGUAUUUCCCAGGGCUGCCAGAGUCAGAGCUGAUACAUUGAUUUCAGACAGAUGUGUUCAUGGACACACAAACAAAAUGCUUGUGCAAAGGAGUUGUUUUAAUCACUUCCCAACUCAGAUAAAUAAAAUCACCAGAAAUAUUAAGACCUUGCCCUUUUAAAGGUAUUAGUUGUGAGAUUUGUGUAUGUUGAUGAUUUUGGUGACAACUGAUAUAUAAGAUGUACGUAUGUAACUGCAUUAAUAUGGCCUAUCACUUUUAAGUGAAACCCAGGUGCUGCUGCGUUAACUGUCACUCUUGAUGGUAUAUAAAUGUAUCCACUGUUACUCUAGUUCAAUGGCAGCAUUGUGUUCAGCUUGGCUGAGGCACCGCUGAAACUGUUGCACUGCUCAUGGAAUGGGAUAUACAUUAGAGGUACAUAUAGUAGUGGGCUUAUACUAAGUUAGUGUUUAAAACAUAAAUAUGAAUACAUUACAACUCGCAGGCCUUGAGCUGCCCAGACUCACUACUGAAGUGUUUAAGCCAAGAGGAAUACUGUGAAAUACCAGUUGCACCUGAAAGAAUGGGUGUAGUCAGUGUAUGCACCCAGAUAGCCAGAGUAGCAAUAAUCAUUUUGGAGCAAUAUAGUUUUGCAGUUAUGUAAUCUGUCAUAAAGAUAUAUGUUCGACGGUAAAAACUGUAAAAAUCUGGUGUUUCAACCUACAUAGGUUAAUUCAUAAACCUUUAAUUAAACGUUUUCAUGGUGGAAAAAAAGUAUCAAAACAUCAAAAGCAGUGCCUUUUUUAAAAGUCUUUUGUAAAGUAAAGUCUCAGUUCCUUGAGGAAAAGUUCAGUCUCAACAUCAGUAAGUUAGUUACAAGGCUUUCAGGUCUCUCAAUGCUGACUUUUAAAAUGCCAUGGUAUUUGAAAAUUCUUCUUCCAAAGCUCUGUUAAUAGUGAUUUUUGCAUAGCUGAGACCAAGUCCUUUCAUUGCAUAAGCUUAAUAAUUAAAUAUUCACACCGUGUGGUGAUGCAAAGUUGGACCUGAGGCAUUAAUAUUUUGCUUGCAAGUCAUGAGUCAAGUCCUAAUUUUUGUGACUUAAAUCUGACUUUGAGUACAAGUCUACAGCUCUGGUCAACAGAAACCCUGUCUAUCAAUACUCAGUCUGUUCAUUUCAUUAAAAUAAAUGCAGUGCUUUUGUGUCAAGCCAUCGCCCUUUUCAAAAUUCUACUGAAAGUACUGUAUUUAGCCAUAUUUUAGCGAAACAAUUAGUGCUUGGAAUAAAUUUAACAUGCAGGUGGACAGUGGAGAAAUUGAUUAUGCUGCAGGAGCAGUUCGAGAAAUUCCUUUGCAUGUUUUGAUACUUUGUGGUGUGAAAACUUGUCACCUAAGGUAGCCAUUGAAACAGAUGAAUUCAAGCUGAGUACAGCUGCUGUUCUCUGUGGUGAAACACACUUCAGAGUUUUUAAGACUAAAGAGGUUAUAGAGGAAAAUCACUUUUAACUCUCAUUGAGGCAGUGGGUAAGAGUUUGAUAGGUUCAUAGUUCCCUGUUUCUUGACUUGCUGUCAGUGUUUACUAUUAAAACUUUCUUCUUUAC